AUGAUAAAGGAGAAUGCAGAUGAUGAAGGACUUACGCCAAAAAAGAAAAUUUUGGAAUUGAAAGCCAAGGCACAGGACACAGAAGCACUGAAGAACAAGUUUGAGAAAUCUUCAGAAAACUCGGUCGACUCGCGACGGGUCGACCAAUUGGUUCCUUUCGAAAAUUUAUUAAGAAAUCCAAGUUUAAAUUUUAUGACAAACAUCGAAGCCCCUGAUAAACAAUGCACAAAUCCUUCCACAAAUGAUUAUGGAUAUGAAAAUAAUUACAAAAGUGAACAGUUUAGUCCCAACGACAUCAACAAAAGCCCAGAAAAUUUGUCUAUGAGCAAUCAUGUUAGGAAUAAGUCUGAUAAAAAAUUAGAAGUUUGUAACAAAAGUGACAGUUUCAUGUUUGAAAAUUAUUCUUGUUCGCAAAAAGACUCGGUGGCUAAGUUUUUAGAAUUGAAACCAAAUUUGGAAGAACCGUAUUGUGGUUUUGGUGACAUUCGAAAAGUUGUGGAAGGAGAAUCGACUUGUGAGUUGGAAAAUCGUAAAACAGUUCAGAAUAAUGAAGUGUUAUUCGGUUUGAACCUCAAAAAUAACCUUCAUAAACCUUAUACUAGCUACAUUGACCAAUCCAAAACGAAUGAUGUAAUUUUUGAUAACAUAAAACUAUUACAAAAUACCAAAAAUUCGUAUGGACUUAAUUUGAAUUUGAAAUCUGAUACAAUCAACGAACCAAUAUUCGAUGCUGAUGACAGAAAUUUGCAACAAACUUUAAAUCCAAACCGGUCUACCAAUUUAUCAGAAUCCGAUCUUCCAAGACCGAAUUCGGUUCUACAAGAACCGAGUUACGACUUCAACCUGAACCGAAAAUCGUCGUCGGUUCUAACCGAACCGAAAACCGAUAUAAACAUUUGUGAUCAAUUAAAUUUAACUAUAGAACAACAACAAGAAUUGACGUCCAUCAAGCUGCAGAACAUAGAUUCUCAACAACAAUCAGAGGAAGAAGACGAGGAGAAUAAUUUAAAGGAACAAGACGGAAAUUUUGCAAAACAAUUCAAUAUUUUUCCCGCAAUAUUUUCUAGACAACUAAAUUUCUCUCAGCAGCAAAACAAUUACAACUUAAACACGUCGGCUGCGGGGAUUCCAACGCCUCCUCAAAGCCAACAUAACUUAAACUUCAACUUGAACCAGUAUUCCACAAAUUUUAAUUAUCACAACAUGAAUAACUACUAUCAGGAGAAAAUGGAUGAGCUGAACACGACGAGGAAUCUCAGUUUAUUAGGAUCAAUGUCAGGUUUAUUGGACGAGCACCUGCACACGAAUUUUCAUGGAAAUUUGCAAAAUUUGCACACGAAUUUUCAUGGAAACUUACAAAACUUACACUCGAAUUUACACCAUCAUCACCACCACCAUCAUCAGACGGAAAUGAAGUUCAUGCCAGUAUUGCAGGACACGAGGCAAGAAUCAAGUGCAACCACACCCCUGUCCAAUAAAUCAUCACCUGUAAACCAUUCGACAACACCAAACAUAAAUGCAACAAAUUCGACCAACGCCACAAGUUCCAGCAACAAUUCAUCUACUGCCGGAGGCACCAACAACAACAACUCAACGUCAGCCUCGAACACGAACAACAGUUCCUCGGUGCAGGUCCAGGACGGAGGCGAUAACCAGACGAGUAGUACUACAAAUAAUGGAGACACCAAGGCGUCCAGCCAAGAUUUUGGAGUUGGUGGGAUGUAUGGACAACACAGUGAUGGUCUUUUCAUUUUAAAUGUAUUUUUAGAACAUGGUCGAGAAACUGAGGCUGUUUAUGGAAAAGCUGUAAUUUAA